AUGCUCCUUCUGGAGAAGCCAAGCGAAGGACCGCCGGAGCGCCCGGUCUCCGCCUGGGCGGAGGAGGAGCAGGGAGGCGAAGCGGAGCGCCACCCCCCUACGGCCGGCCCUUCCUCUCCAAACUCUCCCGGUGGCAUCCAAGAAGGGCGCAGGUUAAGGGCUCCACGGGGCUCAGGAAGAGACGCUGGCUCCGACGGCGACGGGACGGUGGGGCCCUUGAUUUCGGAACCAGGAGAAGGGAGUCCCCGAGCCUCGCCAGGUUACUCUGCGCCACCCUCAACUUCGGGAAGAAAGUCCGAGCGCUCCGACCCCGAGAAGGGGGUCCCCCUCCGGAUCGCAGGCGGCUUCUCCGGACCCUCCCGAGCCGAGGGCGGCGGCAAGGCGGCGGGCAGCCCGCCGGCCUUCGAGGGCAGCGGCGGCGGCAAAGUCAAGGGGCGGCCGGGCUUGGGCGGCGGAGGGGCCGGCAAGAAGCCCAAAGAGCAGCGCUCGCUGCGCCUGAGCAUCAACGCCCGCGAGCGGCGCCGCAUGCACGACCUCAACGACGCCCUGGACGGCCUGCGCUCGGUCAUCCCUUACGCGCACAGCCCGUCGGUGCGCAAGCUCUCCAAAAUCGCCACCCUCCUCCUGGCCAAGAACUACAUCCUCAUGCAGGCGCAGGCGCUGGAGGAGAUGCGGCGCUUGGUGGCCUACCUCAACCAAGGCCAGGGCCUCGGGGCCCCCAUCCCGGCCAGCCUGGCCCCCUUCGGACAAGCUGCCGUCUACCCUUUCACAGCAGGCGCCCCUUUGCCCGGCUGCCCGGAGAAAUGUACUGCCUACCCCGGGGCCGCUCCGGGCCUUUGCAAACAUUGCAGCGACAAGCCUUGA